AUGGCUGCUGUUUUUCCAAACGUUUCGUCGUUGCCCGCAGGGAACUAUGAAGUAUUGAGAUUUGGACCACAAUCUUCAGAAGAUGCAACUAGAACUGGUUUCCCAAUCUCACUAUUUUCUUCUGUUUCAAAUGUUACUGACGUGAAGGUGAAAGAAAAGGCUUUGCUAGAAUCCUUCGACAGUCUUCGUCCGUUAUACCCAGAACCGAUCAUGCAGCUCUCUUGUUCGUACAAGUAUUACUCAGCAAGUAUUGAAAUGGAACGUUUGAACUCGAUUCAAGGCGAACUGAAGGACUUCCAUAACCAGAAUUUUGACUCUCAACUAAACAAGAUAAUUGACAGGGUUGAAUACAGUUUGAAAUUACUUUCUUCUCGUGAUAGACCUUCACCGUCAAUAACGCGAACUAGGCCUGUAUUAACGCGUAACUCUCUCAAAGUUCUUGAAGAAUGGUACGAGUGUCAUCUGGAUCAUCCAUAUCCAACAGCUUCACAAGUAGAAUGGUUAGCACAGGUUUCCAGUCUGAACACAGAACAAGUCAAGAAAUGGUUCGGAAAUAAAAGAAGUCGUUCCAAGAAUACAAGAUCCCUGACCGAAAUCGCCAAGGUUAAACGAAGACAGAGACUACUGAAAAGACAUUGA